AUGAUCGAGGUGGCACCCGCUGAAAGCGUGAGCCUCAUCAUGGAGCACCUGAGGGAGCAUGCGGAGCAGAUCGCGCGCCACCGCCAUGGCUGCCGGAUCAUCUGCAGGCUGCUCCAGCGCUCGUACAAGAGAAAGCAGGAGAACCCGAGCCUUUCCGAGCUGGCGGGGCUCGAGGAGCUGCUGAGGGAGGUGCUCAACAAGGCGCAGGCGCUGUGCUGCCACAUCUUCGCCCACCACGUGAUCCAGUAUGUGUUGGAGAACACCAACAAUCCCGAGCAUAAGAACAAGAUCUUCGAGGCGCUGAACGGGGAGCUCCAGCGCUGCGCGCAGGACCGCCACGCGAGCUCCGUGAUCCAGGCCGCGCUGAAGUGCUGCAGGCCCUGCGACGUCAACAGCCUCGCGGACGGCCUGAUCGACGUGGUCCCCUCGCUGGCUACCACCCGCUGCGGCUCCUACGUCUACAACACUUUGUGCGUGCACGAGGACCCGGACAUCAAGGCGAGGGCCAUCGGACAUCAAGGCGAGGGCCAUCGGCGCGCUCAGGCAGGCCAAGGACCAGCUGCAGGACAACACUCACGGGACGAAACUGGUGAAGCAGGUCCUUGA